GAGAAGGCGUGUAGUUGCUCGGUACAACCGCUGGGUUUUUGUAACUUGACACCUGACUGUGCGGUGCUUCUGCCAUGGCUUUACCCACAGAAAGCCUAUUUAAAAAGGAAAGGGGAUGAGUUGUGCGCUCCUGAGUGCGCGUAACCCUUUCUGCGAACCCUGCUUUCCGUCUGCCUGCGCGUCCCCGGAACUCUGGAGCGGCAUAAAUGAAUGAAACACGGGGGAAUACCGGAACGACAACCGCACAGGAAAAGUCUCUGUCAAACCAACCUGCCAGAUCGAACCGAGGAAUUAAUGUGGGGUCUCUGACAGCUAAAUCAACAUGAGUUUCUUCCUCUGGAACUUCAUGUCAAGCUUCUCAAAUGCGUAACGCGGCCGCCGGCGCGCUCUGUCCCCCUCGCAAAGGAGUCACGCUGUGAUUAACGGAUCAGGUUUUUGACUGCCAGGACAAAUGAAUACAAAUGAAUUUAGGCACCCGAAGGAGAGAUUGCAGAACCUCUCGUCUAGACUCAAAGAGAGCCCUAUUGCUCUGCACUAUUUUAUAUUGUACUUGUUACCUGGGACUUACACAAGUACACACUGAAGAUGUGGACAUCCUCCAAAAGUUGGGGCUUAAGGGAGAGAAGGCGUCACGCUCGGUACCAGCAGGGGUUAUUCCAUUACGAUCUGGGAUCAUCCUCAACCAGCGGGCUCAUGUUGAGGCUCCGUUGCACUCAGUCUUCCCAGCAGCCAUCUGGCCCAACUUGGCACUUGUCCUGAGUGUGCGUUCACACCGUAUCAACAGUGCUUUCUUGUUCACUGUCCUCUCAGGCCAAAGGAAGCUCCUACUUGGUCUACAGUUUGUACCGGGUAAUCUCGUCCUGCACACAGGACCAAACUCAUCUGUGGCACUGCCCUAUGAGCCACAUGAUGGCCAGUGGCACCAGCUGGCGGUGGGAAUAAGCGGAAAGAGAGUGACUCUAUAUGCCUCCUGCGGAGAGCAGAGUGCUCAUACAGACUUUGGGUGGGACAGUGAGGAGGAACUGGCUCUCGAAAUUCAGAGCUCCUUCCUGCUGGGGAGGACAAGCCAACAGCAAGCCUCAGCACACUUUGAAGGAGCUAUCUGCCAGUUUGAUCUGGUUCCUUCUGCACAGGCAGCUCACAACUACUGCAGGUACAUUAAGAAACAAUGCAGGGAAGCUGACACAUAUAGGCCCAACCUCUCACCCUUGCUGCCAGUCUUACCACGAGAAACAAACAUUACAGCUGCCCUUGCUACCCCUAAACAUGGAGGUCAUAAGUCAAAGGGGGUCAGUCUGGCCAAGAGAGUUGCUGCUGCUGCCUCAGCUGUCAGAUAUGUGGCCCCCAUCCAAACAAAAAAGCCUGCUCCAGGGGCUAUUCCUACACCCUUACUUGGAACUGUGAUGCCAGUCACAACCCAGCCUGGUCUGGCCUCCCCACCUCUAAAGAUCAGGACAGAGACUACCACAGUACCGCUCAGGACAAGAAUACCCCCAACUCCCAGACCCACCACACAUCGAAAACCCUCCAAGCUCUCAACCCCAAAGCCCACUACUCAAAAUAUUCUUAAAAAGACGGUAGGGGGAUCAAAUAGUAAGAAGAAGCCUCCUGCCCCAGUCACUGCCAGCACCAAACCCGCAAAGACAAAGCCUGAUUAUACCCUGUCAGACCAAGACCCACUCCCAAAGACAACACAACUAACCACAGCUAAGAACACAUUAACCAAACCAAAAGUUACAAAAGCCACUCCGACUAAACCAACAACAUCCACAUCACAUUCCAGCAAAGCUACUCCUUCUAAAUCUGCCAUCACCAAAGUCAACAUAUCAACAUCAGCAGUCUCCAGAACUGUUCCUGCUAAAACUACCGAACCAAUCAUCAAGCAGGUCACCAAACCACCAAAGCAAGGCAAAACCACCAAGGCUACAGUCACUCAGCGACCUACCAGUUCUUCAUACCGGCCAGUAACACCAGCUGCUACUGACGGCUUCCAAAGUUGGGAGGUGGAACCCACUCAAUUCUCCUUGCUGGAUGGACCAAUAGGGCUUAAAGGAGAACCAGGACCACCGGGAAUGCAAGGUCCUCCAGGGAAACCGGGCAUACUGGGUGAGAGGGGUCCUCGAGGCGAACCCGGUCCCAAUGGAAACCCAGGCCAACCUGGCCCACCUGGGCUCAAGGGUAAGAAAGGAGACCCCGGCAUUUCACCUGGGCCAGCAUCUAAAGGAGAUAAGGGAGACUCAGGGAUUAUUGGCCCGGUUGGACCACAUGGCCAAACAGGUCGAAAGGGACACAAAGGUUACCCUGGUCCACCUGGACUCCCUGGAGAGCCAGGAGUGCAAGGUCCACUCGGAAGCCCAGGUGCCAAAGGUUAUCCUGGCAGGCAGGGUUUACCAGGACCUGUAGGACAGAUGGGGCCUAAAGGCGUCCGGGGUUUCAUCGGGAUCCCGGGGCUUUUUGGCUUGCCUGGGCCCGAUGGGGAAAGAGGCAUUCCCGGUGAACCAGGGAAGAGGGGCAAGAUGGGUAGGCCGGGAUUUCCAGGGGACUUUGGGGAGAGAGGACCACCUGGACCAGAUGGAGAGCCAGGUGAGAUGGGAGCCCCCGGUCCAAAUGGAGUUCCUGGACUUAUUGGUGAUAUGGGACCUGUGGGAGAGAUGGGCAUUCCAGGACCAAAUGGACUGAAGGGGGUGCCCGGAAACCCAGGAGAACCAGGACUGAAAGGUGAUAAGGGUGAAAUUGGCAUUCCCGGAAAGCAAGGAGAGAUCGGCUACAAAGGAGACAAGGGAAUCCAGGGAGCACCUGGGUUACCAGGUGUACGUGGAAAACCAGGACUACAGGGAAAAACAGGAGAGAGAGGACCUCGUGGUGCACCUGGACCACCAGGCCCUGAGGGUUUUCCCGGUGACAUGGGGCCGCCAGGAGAAAACGGCCUUGAAGGGCCAAAGGGAAAGCCAGGGGUCAGAGGUUUACCAGGGCCGAGAGGAGUUCCUGGCUUGGAGGGAGAUGAGGGCCCCAUUGGGCCACCAGGCCUUCCGGGACUCGAGGGCAGAAUGGGCAGAACAGGUUUUCCUGGAAUGGUUGGGCCGGAGGGAGUUAAGGGAGAGUCUGGAAUCACAGGGAAGGUUGGGCCAAUGGGAGAAAGAGGUUUGGUGGGUUUCAUUGGUCCUGUUGGAGAGAUCGGAUUGGCAGGAGAGAAGGGAGAUCGAGGGGAGAUGGGCCUUCCUGGACCACCUGGAGAAAAAGGAUCAGUGGGUCAUCCAGGGCCACCAGGUGACACCGGGCCCUCUGGACCACCUGGAAGACCAGGGCCUCCUGGAGCUACUGGGCCAAUUGGGACAAGAGGACCCAAAGGCUUACGGGGAGCAAGAGGGCCUGACGGUCCAAUGGGAGAGAUGGGGUUAGAGGGCAAGAAGGGUCCUGAUGGUCCUCCAGGAAAAAUAGGUUUCCCUGGGCCACAGGGGAUGAUUGGAGAACCCGGAGAAACUGGUCCUAAAGGUUUUCCUGGCAUCCAAGGACCCUCGGGACCACCAGGGGACAAGGGAAUUGCAGGCGGACCGGGACCACCGGGGCCACCGGGAACGGUGGGACUGUUGGGAGAAAUUGGUCCGAAGGGUCCUCCAGGAAAGGUGGGUGAACCAGGACUGCCAGGAGAACCAGGAAACAAGGGAGACACUGGAACUGUUGGGAACAUCGGCGAGCCGGGACUCAUAGGACAACGGGGAGAGCCGGGUCUAGAGGGAGAAGCUGGACCAGCUAGUCCAGAUGGAGCCAAAGGUGAAAAGGGUGAUAUGGGUCAGGAGGGCGACAAAGGAGACAAAGGUGAAACUGGGCUAAAAGGAAAAGAGGGACCACCUGGAAAUCCUGGACUCACUGGCGUCAGGGGUCCAGAAGGGAAACCUGGAAAAAUGGGGGAAACAGGGAAACUAGGACAAAAGGGUGCCAAAGGUCAGCAGGGUCAUCUUGGAGAGACUGGUCAAAUGGGGAAGACAGGUCCGCCAGGUUUCAUUGGGCCAAAAGGAUCAAGAGGAACCAUUGGCCAUGUGGGUGCUCCUGGUCGAAUGGGACAACAAGGAGAACCUGGUCUUGCAGGUUAUGAGGGUCAUCUGGGACCGCAAGGCCCCAUAGGGUCUCCAGGACCAAAAGGUGAAAAGGGUGAGCAUGGAGAUGAUUCCAAAGUGGAGGGGCCUGUUGGUCCUCCAGGUGACAUAGGACGUCCAGGUGACCGUGGAGAAAGAGGGGAAUCAGGAGAUCCGGGGUAUAUCGGUUUAGUUGGUGUGGAUGGAGAGAGAGGCAGAUCUGGUGCUCCUGGACAGCCUGGGCAUCCUGGACCACGUGGCCAACAAGGACCCAAGGGAGCCAAAGGGGAUCAAGGCCAGAAAGGCAAAAAGGGUCAAACAGGACAAAAAGGAGCCAGAGGAUCAGAAGGUUUGGUGGGUCUCCCUGGUCCCAGAGGUGUGGUGGGCCCUGAGGGGCCAGAAGGAGCACCCGGGGUUGACGGAGUGGCUGGAAAAGAUGGCAUUAAAGGCAUACUGGGAGAGCACGGUGAUGAUGGGGAGGUUGGUCUUCCAGGCAAAGCUGGCUUAAGUGGUAAAACUGGUGUUCCAGGGCUUCCAGGAGAACAGGGGGCUAUUGGCCCAAAGGGUGAACAGGGUCUCCGAGGCCAGAGUGGACCUUCUGGUAAGAGAGGCUUCACAGGUGGGAUGGGACUUCCAGGGCCAAAAGGAGACCGGGGUCCAAACGGACAGCCUGGCGAUACAGGGGAAGCAGGUUUUCCAGGCAGUUUGGGAAUUCCUGGACCAAAGGGGUCUCCAGGGAACUUUGGGCCAAAGGGCAUACGGGGACCAAAGGGGCCACAGGGCACAAUGGGCAGAGGAGGAGUCAUUGGCCCUGCUGGAAUUAUUGGUCCCAGAGGGAGUGCAGGUCCUCGGGGUGAGAAGGGGAAUCGUGGAGUAACUGGAGUGCAAGGACCAAGGGGCUCUCCUGGACCUCGUGGACCUCGAGGACUUCCAGGUCCCCCAGCUAUCCCGUCUUCAUUUCAAGAUGAUGGCCUACCUUUUUUUGUGGACUCACGCACCCCACACAGAAGUGAGAAUAAGCCGAUGAUGGACCUGCCAAUGCUAGACCAGGGCACAGAGAUCUUUAAGACCCUCCACUACCUCAGUAACCUGAUCCAGAGUCUAAAGAACCCACUGGGCACGCAGGACAACCCUGCCCGCAUCUGCAGGGACCUGCACAGCUGUGAAAAGAAGCUAAAUGAUGGCACUUACUGGAUUGACCCAAACCUGGGCUGUGCGUCAGACACGAUUGAAGUCUCCUGUAACUUUACUGGAGGUGGACAGACUUGCCUAAAACCAAUAACAGUAACAAAGCCAGCAAUCAGCGUCGGCCGUGUUCAGAUGAACUUUCUGCACCUACUGAGCUCGGAGGCAGUGCAGCACCUCACCAUCCACUGCCUGAACAUAACAGUGUGGCGGUCAGUCGAGGAUCAGCCACCCACCUUGGCGUCUGUGAGAUUCAAAGCCUGGAGUGGAGAUGUGCUUGAGGUGGGAGGAGAACUUGAGCCCCAGGUCAUCGAGGACUCCUGCUGGAUGAAAGAUGGCCGCUGGCAUCAGACCCAUUUUGUAUUCCACUCCUUGGACCCCACCCUGCUCCCUGUGGUGGACAUCCUAAACCUCCCAGAGACUGCUCCUGGCUCCCGUUACCACCUGGAAGUAGGCCCUGUGUGCUUUCUCUAGGUCUUCAGAUUACAACAUGACGGAUCACCAGGCCACGUCUUGACGUAGGUGUCGAGAUCUGAGCGGUCUCCUACCACCCUCGGCUGAGCACCGUCUGAGAGAGAACAGGCCCUGCUUCCCAUUGGACUGCAGAUGCAGAGGGAGGAUGCUCGAAAGCCAAAGGAGGAUCAGAGGAGUUCUUGCACUAAUCGCUUCUCAGUUUGGCAGUCAAUUCUUCAAGACCUGCGAGAAGGAUCGCCACAUGUGCGUUCGCUUGGAGAAAACUAGCUCGAUGCCACAUCAUCUCCCUGGAACAUUGAUAGUGAAGGGAGACCAAGGCCAAGUUAAUGUUGCCAAUUAACUAAUCAGCGGACAUAACAGUAACUUAUUUUUUGUAACUGUAUGCAUUCUGUGUGUAUUUUAGGAAAUACCAGGAAUAUCAUUCUGUCAGAACAGACAAAUUAAAGUAAAUGGAAUCAGUUAAAUGUACAUAUAUAUUAUAUAUACAUAUACAUAUUUACUUUUAUACAUGUGUAUCUUAUGUAUAAAGAAAUAAUCUUCAAGUGCAAUAGAAAUUAAGAUUAUUUGAUAUUUAAAAAUUAUAUGGAAUUUCUUUUCAGGGGCGCCCUUUUAUUUGCCAACUCUUUUUAAUUUUGUGAAUCUUUCCAAAGGCAGGCUCCUCUGUUUGAGCAGAAAUCACAUCUGCUAUUUCUCUAAAUGAAAGGUUAGCUCCAGUUAGCUCCCCAGUGCUGCAUAAUCACUGGGGGCCCAGUCAGCUGUCAAUCAAUCAAAUACUGCAUGCAGUCUGUCUGUCCACAUAUAUGUGCAAUACUCAUUGCACAUUCAAUAACAGGAAGAUGUCUCCGUAUCAGUCCUGCCGCUGGUGAUUAAGGAGAUAUUUUGGUAAUUAAAAUUCUGAGCCGCUGAUGUGAAACACCUACAGAUAUGGAUAUCUAGAGCUUAGUGAAGUUUGAUCAGUCUUGUGUGUUAAGUAAUGAAGCUCAGGCUUAAUUUUAAAGAUACAGUGUGUAGGAAUUAGUACCAUCUACUGGUGUGGUUGUAGAUUAUUAUAUUGUCGUUGCUGGUCACGAUUUUGCUUCCCUUCAUGCUUUCAUUUCUUUGGUGGUGAGGAGGAGUGCUUUAUUACCUUCUCUUGUGAUAAGCAAUAUGUGUGAUACUCA